AUGAGUUCGUUUGAAGUUCCUGACGUAGCUAUUAAUAUAGAAUUAUAUAAGUUGUCAUGUUUUUAUCAUGUAUUUAAUCCAAAUACUACAGAGAUUUUCGGUUAUCAUUUUUAUCGUUUUACUGGAAUUUUACUAACUGUAUGUAUACAAUUAUGUGUAUUAUUUGGACUGUUGGGGUGUUGUAUGGAGAUGGAAGAUACAAUUAAUUAUAUUGAACGAUUUAUAUUCAUUUUUGUCAAUUCAAGCAAUUUUCUCUCUGUAGUGAAAAUAUGUGUAUUUAUAUAUAAAGCAAAAGAUACUUGGGAUUUAUUUGAUGUAACCCGUGUAAAUUUUCUAAAAAGUGAACAAUGUUGUAAAUUUAGAAAUGAAAUACUAGAGAAAGUCCGUAACAAAUCAAUACGACUUACAAAUUUCAUUUUUGGAUUUGCAACUAUGACAUUUAUCAUUUGGAUAAUAUAUCCACUUGUUGUAAAUUUCUUUUUGAUUGCAACUGAUCAAAACAAUCAUCAGCGGUAUCAAAAUAUUUUUAAUAUGCGGUACCCAGUGUCUAUAAAUACUUACAAUAAAUAUUUUUUUAUUUUUUACGCAAUCGAAGUGAUAAUGGGAUUGUUUAUUUUGUAUAAUUCGAUAUUAAUAGAUACUUUUUUAGUAUCUUUUUGUUGGGUUUUUAUAGCUCAAUAUAAAAUACUUUCGAAAGCAUUUGAAAACAUCGAAUUAAAAGACGUGGAUAAACUGAAUAAAAAUUGUUCUAUUAAUGCAUAUAAUGAUUUAAAGUUAAUAUUAGGUGAUCAAAGAAGGCUUAAUUCAAAACUAAAACUAUAUUAUUCCAUAAUAUGGUAUAUGGUCUUAACAUAUGUUGUAUUUUCUUCAUGUUCAAUUAUAACAUUGACUUAUUCGUUCAUUAUGGUAUGUAUCUCGACAACCAAAUCGUUACCAGUUCUCAGCAUAAUUAAAAUCAUAGCUCCAUUUAUAAUAGUUUCAUUUCAAUUAUUUUUACAUUGCUAUUUUUUUGGACUUAUAAACUUUAAGAAAGAAUCCGUCACUUAUGGAAUGUAUUCUUGUGAUUGGACAUCAAUGGACUUAAAAUUUAAAAAGUUAUUACUUUUAUCAAUGCGGAUGAAUGACGUUGACACAUUAAUGAUUAAAGCUACGCCAACUAAAAUUAUUAAUUUAGAAUUUUUUGUUAAGGUGAUGAUAACAACCUACAACAUUGUGUCUGCAAUGCUGAAUACAUUUAAUUCGAAAAUAUGAUUUGAGCAAUAAUAAAAAAGAG